CAAGAUUUCGCACCUCAGCGCUUUCGCUUUUCCUUAGCUAGUGUGUACUAUCCAACUUUUUUUAUCAUUUUCUCUUGUUCACGAUAAUUUUCAGUCGUGUUCUUUGUAUCGAGCGAUUUUUUUUUGCAAUACCUACUCGCAAAGUGUUCAGUUUUCGAGUAUAGUCUAGAAAGAAUAUAUCUAGUGUACGACUACGAGACAAAAAGCGAAACCACCAGCACCUUCGGCAUGGCUUCUUCAGGCAAGAUAAAGUCGUAUACGUUUGAGCAUGGGGCUUACGCGCUGCCCUUAUAUCAUUCGCUCAAGUACUCUGCCAACCCGGUCUGCGGCUUUCUGAUGGGGAGAAUAGAAGGUACAAUUUCAUGAAUUUGUUUUGUUAUGCCUCAUUCAUCGUGCGAACAUAAGUCAUUUUUUUUUCAAAGCUGACUUCCGGCGUCAGAAAAUCCGCGUGCCAGCACAGUGCCUUCUGUUUAUUUUGCAUCGCAUGGUGUUCUUCCUCUUCCUUCAUGUAUGCGUAAAUUUCCGAACCGAAUAUCCAGGUAACAACGCUGUCGUCUUCGAGCGCGCAGUGCCUUUCUCCCACACCCACGCGCUCUCCCCAACACUCAAGAUGGCGUGUCACUGUGCCGAAACGCUCUGUGCCGGCGGCGAGAAGAGUCUCGAGAUACUAGGGCUGUACGUCGCGAACGAUAUCAUACAGAAGACGGAGAGUUUGCACCCAUUGCACCGGAACAUCUACGAGAGGCUAGUGCAGAACAAUCCCGCAUCAAGCGUGUGGAUCAUAGACGCCAGCAGGCUAGAUAUCACAAGGAAAAAUUCCCCCUCCCCAUAUCAAAAGGAAGUUUAUGAUGCUGAAUUCGCGUGUACAAAUCAGGUUUGUGUUGCAGUAGAGGACUGCAGGCUCCUGCCAAGCCUGAGUAGAGAGGUUUUAGCCUAGGCGCUUAGCAUGAGAGCCGUCUGCGCUGUAGGUCCAACAGCAUCACAAACUUCUUGCAUAAUGCGGCAGAGCCUGUGGAGUUGUCUUCUUGCAAGACAGACGUGAUUUGUGGUCUCAAAUCAGCAAGACAAAUUUUCGGCGGCAUACCUUUUCGAUAUGGGGAGGGGGGAUUUUUCCGGACAAUACUAGAGCAGGAAGAAAUUUUCGCCUACCGAGGGUACACGGCCCCGCAGAGAGCCGGUAUUUAUAGGUUGCUCCGUCGGAGGAAGACCUGUUGCUUGGUUGAUGUUGAUGUGCAUUGCAAAUAUGUCUGGGUCUGGAAAGAUGCGAACUUGUGAUGCGCAUUUCACAACACAGACAAAUCUCUCAUGCAUAAGCAGCAAAAGGCGCCCAUUUCCUGUCACCAAAAUGGGGGAUUUGUCAUGCGGAUUAAGCAAUACGGAAGCUUCUCGAAAUCUGUGAUGCUAGGGUUUCCAUCACAGACAUUUUGUGUCAUGCAAAAACAGCAUGACAAAAAUCUGCAUUCUUCCAGACCCAGACAUUUUUGCAUUUGAUAGUUGACUGGAAAUUUUCUCCACUUACUAUGUCUAGUCUUCAGAUGGAUGAUUCUGAUUGCAUGGCAUCAUCCGUUGUGGGUGGCGCUUAAUACCAAAUGACUGAGAUACGACAUCAUGAAAAAAAAACAACAACAGGCGACCUCCAGCCAAUUAACGAGUCUGCGAUGAAAACGAAGGGUCCUGUGUGUCUGAUGGAGUCCACGAGAAAAAUGGAAUACCUCGCAGUGCAGGAUUUUGACGACCAUCUGCACGACCCAGAAAAGGACUGGACCAACAAGGAGCUCGUGGAAAAGCUGGCCAUGGUUUCUGCAUGAAAAUGAAUGCAGACCACUGCAUAUGCAAGAAAAAAACUGUGUAAGUGUAAAUCUGUGAUGCAGAAAAUGCAAAACAGUUACACUUGUCAUGCUCGACAUGCAUGAUCGGCUCGCUUCCUAUGUUGUUUUCCUUCCUAUCUGCGCAUCCUGUCAUGGCAGACAAACUUGUGAUGCUGUUUUCCCAAAAGACUUACGCUAACACAGUUUUUUUCUUGCAUACUGCACGACGGAAUGCGGACAAUGCGAAUCUUACUUUUAUUUCGCCUUUCUCCUGCUCGCGCACGACCGGUUCUACUACUUAAUACACUCUGAUGUAGUUGACAGGGGCUUGAAACGUUCCUCGUCUGCAACAUCUGGAUGAUUUUUUAGUUCUAGGCACCACUACAGCGACCGCGACUCCAACGACAAAGUAUUCUACCCAUUGAUGGCGUAGACAGUACUACAUGCGAUGCUACUUCUUCU